AUUAGGUAAAACCCGUACCUAUUCCAACUAAUACUAAUCCCUAAAAUACCUAAUCCGAAUACCCACCUAAUCCGUGCUAAUAGUCGCUUUCACCGUUCGUUCCCCCGUUCCUGUACAAUAUUUUAAUAAGUUGUAACGCAUUUUGAAUCAUGAAUCUUAUGCCCUAAGUUUUAAGACUCAAAAUUGUAGGCCGCAAACAAAAAUUGUCACCUAAUCCACUAUUCCUAAUCUUGCAUCGCAUUUGCAAUCUUAGUUUCUAAAUUUUAAGACUAAAAAUUGUGUGUAACGAACAAAAAUAUUCGAUCAACUAAUCCAACGUAUCUUAUCUUAUACAAUAGUUGCAAUUGAUUUUCAAACUUACUGCAAUCCCAAUAAGGGAAAGCGUACCUAAUCCAAACCGAAAAGAUUAGGUACGGAUUCGAAUCAAAAAAUACCUAAUUCGCAUGCCUAAUCUAAACAUUUAUGCCUCACCUCUACUAAACAUUAUUAAAUACUAAAUUAUUAAAUAUUUAGUAUAUAAUAGUAUUUGCCAUUGAUUUCGUAAGUACUUCGUACAACUAGUAAUUCAUAAUGAUAUAUGAAUAUUAGGUACACUUCAAUGUAAUGUUCAUAUAUCUGUUCAUAUAACUGUGAACAUUACAAUCUUCUUACCUACAUCUUUGCAGAUUAUACGAUUUCAUGUGACAUGUCAUGAACGAAAGUUUUUUUACUUACACGACAUGAGUAUGUAAAAUUAGUUACAAUUUUACCUAUUCUAAAAAAUAGUUAGAACAACACGGGUCUUCCGAAUCGAAUACCCGUAUUGCUCAAAGAAAAAAUAUAAGCACACAAAGCGUAGGUAACUAUGACAACCAAAUAUGGUGAAAAAUUACAAACAUUAGCUUUCAUGUGAUUAAAAAAUAUAAAUAACAUGGAUUUAUUUAAUGUUAUAUCGUAAUGAGCCAUCGUUGCAGUGUAUUCAAGAACUUAUGUCUCAAAGUUCCCGUUGAUCCCAUUAAUAAAAUGCCUAAAACUGCAUAUGAACGAAAAGAUAAACCUUCAAACGACCCGAGCUUAGAUUCUCCUUCAACAGUGGGUUCUAUUACUGCCCCUGAUGUUGACGCAGAAAAGUUGAAAGAUUUCUACAGGAGCAUUCCUGAUUACAAUGACAUCAACCAUCUUACAGAAGAAGAGUUUUAUUUAACACUGAAAUCAUUGAGGGAAAGGAAAAGGGUAAUGUUAGGUAUUGCAGUGGAGCACAUUGACUCCAAUGGUUUACCAGACAAAUCAAUAGCCAUUGAUACUACAUUUGCUAAAAUAGACGCCGGCACUCCUUGCCGGGAUAAAAUUACCAAAUCUAAGUUAAACUAUAAACUGAGAAAUAAAUAUUCUGAAGAAAAGAGAGAUGUAGAGAAACCUACAUACGAUAUUGAUAAGGCUAACAAUACUCUUGUAUGUACUAACAAAAUAAAAAUGAAAAGAUGUCCCAGAAAAUCCUUUUCAAAGGAUAAGGAUUCUAACGGCAUAGAUGAACUUAAAGUAACGCCGGUUAAAACUAGUCUACUAAAAGACAAGAAUAAAUUAGAAAGACCAAGAAGGAACCAUUCAGCAUGUUCUAUAUCUUGGAACGACGCUAAGCUUGAAGGCAAGGAUGAAAUUGAUGAGAAAUUUGAACAAUAUUUUGAUGGAAAGAAAUACAGUCCUACAUGUACUGAGAUGGAUGAAGAGUUUAAAACUAGAAGUAUGCCUUCAAGCCCAUUACGAAUGCGUCGUAACGUAUCACCCUCUAGAGGGCGUAAGAUAGUAACGAUACCAAAACCUUUUAAAAUGACGGAAAGAGAUGAAGAAGACAGAAUUGUAAGCGAACUUCGGAGCUUACGAAAGUCUUUCUCUGAAGAUAUGCUGGACCAGAAGUACAAGCGGAAGCAGUUCAAAGCGAGGCCUGUUCCCAUUGAAUCCCGGAUUCCCCUCUACGACAAGAUCCUGGAAGACCAGGCCAUGAGACGAGCAAUCACAAAAAUAAAUAGUGAGGCGGACCUGCGAGCUCAGAUGAAACCCUUCAGUUUCACCAAGCGAGAAGAGAAGGGAGGCGCGGUGUGCGAAAGGGCGGUGCACGCUCUGCCUAAGAGCAAGAAGAAGAAGCGAUUCAAAGCCCGGCCCGUGCCCAAAAACCUAUUUUCCAAUUAUUUCUAUGACAAAAUUAAGGAGGAUGAAUUUUUCCGAUCCAUGAAUCGCCGCAUUCGAGCAGAGGAGCUAUUGCGAGCGUCAACUUACCCUGGUACCAUGGCGGCGCGUGAGCGCAGUCGUCUUUCCACUCCGGCAGCUCAUAGUGACCUACCCAUCGACCCCUCGCCAGCAGUCCCGUCCAUCGCGUCUACAGAACGGCCCAACAGUCCAACCAAAAAUCGGCACAGGUCUUCGAGCCCCACAAAAUGCCAGAAGAAACGUGACAAAUUCAUGAAAGAGGACCUGCUGACCACAAGUCCUCAGCCUUUUCGAUUCAACACUGCUGAUCGUGCUGCUAAGAAGAUGCUGGACAUAACAAAGAAGAUAUACCAAGAUAGCAAAUGCACGGAAAGCGGUAGCGGCAACGGCGCCCCAGGGUCGCGAGCGUACUCCGCGCUGGACCUCCGCGCAGCCGCGUCGGGGCGCUCUAACCUAGCCGCGCUGCUCCGCGCGGAGGCCGUGCGCAGGAGGUUUGAGGUGGAGUCCGCGCGGCGACUGGCGGACCAGCGCCGGCGGAUGGAGAUGAAGCAGCGGGAUAGAUUGUUGCGAUCCAAGCCCGCGUGGCAUCUCGUCAAAAAUAACCACGAGGAAGACAUAGCAAUGAGACUUCAAACUCGAAGAGACGAGGAGAGGAUGAGGCGCGAGGAGUUCCUCCACGAGAUGGAGCUGAUGUACGGCAGGGUGCACGAUCAACCGAUGCUGUUUGAGCGGUAUUAUGCUCCGAGGCCGUACGCUGUGCCAGUCGACUCCAUUCAGAUUUCUCCACGAAAGUCACCAAAGAAGCGUUCAAGCUGCAAGUCCCAUCAUUAUACUAGUCCAAUUAGGUCCAGAAAGGUGUCCAUCAAUGACACAGCAGAAACUUUUAAUGGUGACCUGUCUGAGUAUUUAAAUAAGAUCGAUGAUGACAAGUUAUUCUCGGACUCCGAAGUGGCUAUAGACAGCUUAGACGGUGCUAAAUUGUAAAUAUUCACUGUUCAUGUAUGCGAUUAAGUUUAUUGGGUGAUCUUCAUGGGAUUGUAAAAAAGGGCAUUCGUAUACGUAUUCUUUUUAUUAUGUCAAAACACUUAAUAUACCUAGUCAAUAAAUCACGUAU